AUGAACGAAGUUUUCCCAAAUUUCAAUUUGGGCCUUGAUGAAUAUUUGAAACCAAAACGGCAGAAGACUGAAGAAGCAAGAUUUGCACAACUGAACGAUGAUGAGCUGGAUGACCUCGUCAAGGGAGCACGAACGAAGUUUACAAAGUAUGCCACAAACUAUGCUGUGUCAGUUUUCAAAGGUAAUUUCUCAGUAAAAAUACUUCUGUGAAAUACAAAUAUUUUGUAAUUAACACAUAAGUUUAUAUUCAUGCCACUCAUUAAAAUGUAACAAAUAAAACUUUCCUCUAUGCAUAUGCAAAAACAAUACAUCAAUAAAAAAAGAUAAGUGUUAAUUUUUUUAAUAAAAAUAAAUACUCCUUCAACACCUACGUCGUGUUGAUAUUUUUUAGUCUUUCUUCAUUCAGAAUGGGCUUCAGCGCAAGGCAUUGCCGAAAAUAUUGGCGGAAAAACCAAAGAGGAGUUGAACAACAACCUGCGACUCUUUUAUGCCGAAGCUAGGAACAAAGACGGUGGAAAUUACAGUGCUCGAAACUAACUUUUUUAGUCAGUUGUCCUGGGACUAGUAGUGGGUGGCAUCUACUAGUCCUGAAGGCAAUUCUACUAGUCCUGUCUACCAUCCAUCAUCUGGCCACAAACAUGUAAUUCACACAUUAAAAACCAUAGUAAAGCAUGACUCACUUUUUAAAUUAUAUUAACAAAAACUAAUGAAAAGUAUAAUAUUUUAUCUUGAGUUUGUUUGGCUAUAAGAAAUUAUUUAUUGCUUCCUUUGCAGAAAGACGAAUUUUUGUUUUUACUGUUUGGAAAAUUUAUACAAUACUGGCAAAACAUUUUCCCUUUGGUUUCAUUUUAAACUAUAAACCACACAAAAUCUUUUUCCAAGCUGGUUUGAAGUCUCUAUCCUUCUUUGCCUUUUUCACUCUCGUUGGCUGGGAAUCACCUGUAUUAGCGUUUUCUUAAUCUUUCCUUUCUUCAUCUUCCCUGCCCCUUUUGAAAUAGCACAACAAAGUCUCAGCGUGACGCCACUUUCAUGACGUUUAUCGGAGUUGCAUGACGUGCGCAUGACGUUCAAUUUGCAGUGGAGUCGACUGAGAGUGGACUGAGAACCAAACCCGGCCCAUUCCCUCACUGUUUUCAAAAUGGCGAUUGUAAAUGCGGAAAUUAUGAGCGCAAACAGCAUGAUUGAAAGAACAAUUUUAUAAUAUUACAUGCUGAUUUAACAAAUGUGAAACCAAGAUCCACAGGCUAAAACUUCCACUCGUCCAUGAGAACGACUAACUUAAAUUUCUACUCGUGUUUUGGCUAAUGUUACUCGUUUUAGACGAGUGAACAAUCGUUAGUUUUGAGCACUGAAUUACAGCAGGAGUACGUUGCUUGGUUUCCGAAAUGGCAUAGAGAGGUUUUUAAACAACCCGCUCUUCAAGAAAGGCAUACAUAUUGCCACUGACCCUGCUUUCCAGCAGUCAAAUCGAAUGUUUGAUGCUAAGCUAAAAAAUAUGAAGCAACAGGGAGAGGAAAGCAUAAAGCACAAACUUUGUAUUGAGAACGAAGAUCUGAAAGAGAGCGCUGUUAUGAGCCCCUUAUGCCUCAGGGUCUCCUGAACAAUGUGUGGUUCCACAUAACCCUUUACUUCUGCUGUCCAGGACGUGAAGGGCAAAGGAACCUGAAGAAAAGCAGCUUUGAUUUUCUCCAAGAUGAAAAUGGAAAGCGCUACGCAACAAUGGCGCACGACGAGGCAAGUAAAAAUCAUCAAGGAGGUUUGAGCGACAACACCGUAAGCUUUGAAAAGCUCCACAGAAUGUACCAAACAGAGCAUCCAAACGACGGACAUAAUGCCCUUCCUCUUUAUUUGGAGAAGCUAAAUCCUGAAUGCAGCGCUUUCUUUCAAUAUCCGAAGCGUUCUUGGAAGAGACCACAAGAAGGAGUGUGGUUUGAGAAUCAAUGCCUUGGGGUAAACAAGCUUGGAGAUAUGAUGAAAAUUCUCAGCAAAGCGGCCAACCUGUCAAAGAUCUACACUAACCAUAGUGUAAGGGCAACAGCGAUUACACUGUGGUCGGAUGCUGGCCUGUCUAAUUGUCAUAUA